AGCGCCUCUGCCACGGCCUUCGCCCUUUCCGCGCGGAUGCAUGGCCCCACGCCGCCGAACAGGCCGCGCGGCACGACGGAUGGCGGCAAGACGUGUGCUGUCUGCGAGAAGCCAUCGACCACGCGAUGCUCAAAGUGCAAGGAGGUGAUGUACUGCUCGGUUGAAUGCCAGAGGCUCGAUUGGAAGGCGGGCCACAAGCAGGUGUGCUGCAGCGGCACCAGCGCCAGCGCGCUGGCCGCAAAGUCGGCGGCCGCGGCGGCGCUUCCACCUCCGUGGGAGCCGUUCAAGCCCGACCCCGAGGUGGAGGCGCUGAUUGACGAGGGCGCGGCCGCGCCCGUGACGGGGAUGGCCAACGUGGGCAACACGUGCUUCCUCAACGUCGUCGUGCAGUGCCUCUUCCACGGCCCGCUCUGGCACUACAUGCAGCGCGGCCUGCCGCGGCACAAGCCGCCGGCGGAGCACGAGCAGGGUUGCGGCGAGCCGGACUGCGUGAUCUGCGAGCUCAACGAGCUGGUCAGGAUGUACGCCAACCCGGGCGCGCGCAAGUGGAUCGCGCCGCGCUCGGUCGUGCGGAAGACUUUGUCCGCGUGCGCCGGCAUCGGGGUGGACUUUGGUCGGAUGCACGACUCGCACGAGUUCGCCAUCGCGGGCAUCAUCAACCGGCUGCUCAACGCCAACCUGCGCGGUGCGCCCGAGGCGAGCGGCAGCGACGAGUACGACUGCCUCGAGUACGCGAGCGUGGUCACAUGCGAGAGCUGCGGCCACCAGACCGGGCGCAUGCAGCGAGACGCGAACGGGUUCACCCUUGCCCUCACCGGCCGCACGCCAGAGACGCCGGAGACGGGGCUGCGCGCGUGGGUGCGCGGCGCGGCGCAGCGGGUCGGGGAGAGGGUGGGUGUGGUCGAGGGGACGAGCGAGAGCGUCGAGGAGCUUCUCAAACUACAAGUGCGACGGAUGGACGAGAUGGACGGCAAGCGGAUCGUCAAGAGGAGCUCCCUCGUGGACGCGCCUCGCGUGCUUACCCUCGUCAUCAAGCGCUUCAGCGGCGGCCACUUCGGGAAGGCGGGACCCCGCGCCCUCUCUGCCCUCUCUGCCCUCUCGCCCUUUUUGCCCCUUUUCGCAGACGGCGCGCUCUGGCAGACAGAGCAGCGGCCGCCUGGGCGGCUGCUGCUCCGCCCCGCCGAGCCGUUGACAUUCGGAUGGAGGGAUCCCGCCCAGCACGCCGACCCAGACGCAGACGCGGACGCAGACGCAGGCGCCUCGGCAGCCUCCUCCUCCGCCGCUCUCGCCGCCUCCAGCUCAACCGACGCCGACGCGCCCGCGCCCCCGGCCUCGCCCCAGCCUUCCGCUUCGGAGGCGGCAGAGGAGGCGGGCAGCGGUGCGGUGAGCGGCGGAGAGGCCGCCGCCUCCUCCGACGAGAGGAAGGCGGACGGUCUCGCCGCGGCCGCUGCCGGCAUGAGCGCCGGCGGUGCGGGAGAGGGCGGUGCGGGCGAGGGUGCGGGCGGCGAUGAGGCAGGCAGCUCCGAGCCGGCGCUGUGCCACUCCACCUCACGGCAUCGAGACAGCUCCAAGUUUGAGGGCGACGAGUACUACAAGCUCUGCAUCCCCCUCCCGGGCGUGUCGACCCUCGUGCACGAGCAGCCCGCCUCGAUGAUCUCGGAGAAGCAGUAUACCUUCAAGUCGUCAGGCCACGACGUGGACGUCGAGUGGCCAUCGCCGGUCGACGAGACGCGCGCGCACGCCCGCUUCGUGCGGUCGCGCUCGGAGCUGCAGGUGUUCGCGCCGCUCGCUGCUGAGUGA